AGUCAACGUCUGCAAUCACACGGAAACGGUUGUGCUUCCCACGGGAAGUCGAUACUACGGUGAGCACCCUCAGCGAGUCCAGGCGUAAAAGGUAAAAGAGUCCCACCGGAAGAGAUACGACGAGCGCCUAUUGUGGGCCCGUGAGUGCCACUUUUGCCUUUCAGUAAAACCACAUAAUACCAUAUGUUGUGAAUUAAAUAGUGGCAUAAUAUAAUAUAUUUAUGUUGAAUGAAUCCUUCGAAAUUGGAAAGUGAACGUCAAUGGCCUAAUCUCCUUAACAAAAUUGGAUACAUGGAUUAUAUCACAACUGGAUUUAUGGAAUAAUUCAUCAAUCAAUUUGUAGGGCAAAAGUUGAUACGAGAAAAAGUAAAAAUAGUGUGUGUGUGAUAGAGUGAAGGGAAAAAGGAAAAGAAGUGUUCGUGAAGGGGAGACAUUCACCACGAAAGUGAUAAGAAAGAUUGUAUUGCUGCCAUUGAGGUGCUUUUAGUGGAGGAAGAGGGACAAGUUGUGUGUGAACGAGGGUGAAAUUGUGAAGUGAAAAAAGAAAGUAUAUAACAGAGGAUACAGUGAAAGGAGGUGCUAAAAAGAGCCCAUUCUCGAGGGAUAGAUAAAGGCCAAACGGCUCACUGGAGGCUCUAAGACGUCAGUCGAGGUCCAUUGCGGCACGGCGUGGACGCAAAGUCAAGUUUUCGGAAUGGGAGGACCCUGGACAGCACACACGAGAUCCCGGUGUUUUUAAGAGCUUCGUGUUUGUGUUUCGCUAAAUUUUAACGAUCUUUCUUCUUGCUUCUUCAGCCAAAUAAAGCGAAGACGAAAAUGGCGAGAGCGAGGAUACUGUGGGGGAUAUCAACUUAGAUAACAUUGGUGGAGGAUCGCGAGCAACAUCGCGCCGAACAUCCCUCGCCGAGAUGAUAUCCAGGGUGAGGAGGACAUCUGGUCAGGAUACAAAAGUUGACAUACCCCUGCCUCACUACACCAUCCCCAUUGAGAAGUUUGCCGACAAGAGAGUCAAAAGACACAGCAUACACGGUAUGAUGGAGGAAGAAAGUGGUCAGAGACCUCACCAGGAAAUGGAGCAGUUAUCCCUGGAUGAGAAAAAGUUCCUUUUGGCCGUGGAACGUGGUGAUGUUGCAAGUUCCCGAAGGAUGCUGCAGAGAGCUCAGGAUACCGACUACAUCGAUAUCAAUUGUAUGGAUCCACUGGGAAGGUCUGCACUGCUAAUGGCCAUUGACAAUGAGAAUUUGGAAAUGGUGGAGUUGCUCAUAAAUCACAAUGUUGACACGAAGGAUGCACUCCUGCAUGCCAUUUCGGAGGAAUUUGUCGAGGCCGUGGAGGUCCUCCUCGAUCAUGAGGACUCAAAGCUGAACACAGGUGGAAAACAUAGUUGGGAAUCUCUGUCACCGGACACAGCCACUUUCACACCCGACAUCACGCCACUCAUUCUGGCCGCUCAUCGCGAUAAUUAUGAGAUAAUCAAAAUCCUCCUGGAUAGGGGUUCUGUGCUACCCAUGCCACAUGAUGUACGAUGCGGUUGUGAUGACUGCGUUACAUCGCGUGGUGAGGAUUCCCUGAGGCAUUCCCGGUCACGUAUUAAUGCAUAUCGCGCACUCGCCAGCCCGAGUCUCAUCGCCUUAUCAUCGAAGGAUCCAAUUCUUACUGCUUUUGAACUCUCCUGGGAAUUACGGAGACUUAGCUUUCUAGAGCAUGAAUUCAAAAAUGAAUAUCAGGAGCUAAGGAAACAGUGUCAGGAUUUCGCAACAGCACUUCUGGAUCACACGAGAACAUCCCAUGAGCUCGAAGUGCUACUCAAUCACGAUCCCACUGGGCCAGUUUUUGAGCAUGGGGAACGGAUGCAUCUCAAUCGACUGAAGCUGGCCAUUAAGUUGCGUCAGAAGAAAUUUGUAGCUCAUCCGAAUGUUCAGCAACUUUUGGCUAGCAUCUGGUAUGAGGGAUUGCCGGGGUUUCGGCGGAAAAACAUGGCUUUGCAGGCACUAGAAAUUAUUCGAAUUGGGAUGCUGUUCCCACUAUUCUCCAUCGCGUACAUCAUUGCACCACAUUCCACUUGUGGCCAAACCAUGAGGAAGCCCUUCAUCAAAUUUAUCUGCAACAGCGCAUCGUAUCUCACUUUUCUAUUUCUCCUCAUGUUGGCAUCACAACGUAUUGAAUCCGUUGUUGGAGGAUGGUUUUGGGAGGCGGAGACCGUACAACAGGAUGAAGUUCCCACAAAGAGAGGCUCCACACCGACCUUUGUGGAGUGGCUCAUCCUUUCGUGGGUCAGUGGCCUAAUCUGGAGCGAAGUGAAGCAAUUAUGGGAUGUUGGGUUGCAGGAGUACGUCAAUGACAUGUGGAAUGUCAUCGAUUUCAUCACAAACUCCCUCUAUGUAGCUACAGUCGCUCUGAGAAUUGUCUCAUACUUCCAGGUGCAAAAGGAGAUGACAUUCAAUAAAUAUGCUGCCGAUUUGCCCCGAGAAAAAUGGGACACUUGGGAUCCCAUGCUGAUUUCCGAGGGAUUAUUUAGUGCUGCCAACAUUUUUAGCUCCCUCAAGCUCGUCUACAUCUUCUCCGUGAAUCCACAUCUGGGUCCACUUCAGGUUUCACUCUCACGCAUGGUUAUGGAUAUCAUGAAAUUCUUCUUCCUCUACGUUCUCGUUCUCUUUGCAUUCAGCAGUGGCCUAAAUCAACUUCUCUGGUAUUACGCCGACCUGGAGAAGAAGCGCUGCGUCGACAAUAUUCAAUCCACGAAUCUUGUGAUUAAUGGCACCGCAGACCCCAACGCGUGCAUCGUUUGGCGUCGAUUUGCCAAUUUGUUUGAAACAACGCAGACGCUAUUUUGGGCCGUCUUUGGCCUUGUGGACUUGGAUAGUUUUGAAUUGGAUGGAAUUAAGAUCUUCACGAGAUUUUGGGGAAUGCUAAUGUUCGGCACGUAUUCCGUGAUUAACAUCGUGGUCCUCCUCAAUCUCUUGAUUGCCAUGAUGAAUCACUCAUAUCAAUUAAUUUCGGAAAGAGCUGACACAGAGUGGAAAUUCGCAAGAUCUCGCCUGUGGAUAAGUUAUUUUGAGGAAGGAGGUACAUGCCCACCACCAUUCAACGUCAUUCCCACACCUAAAUCCUUUUGGUACAUCAUCCAGUGGAUUAAGCGGAAAUUUUGCGGUCACUCGAGAUCCAUGAAGAAGGAACACAUGCGAACAAUUAGGCAAAAGGCUAAACAGGCCAAUCAGCGAGAUUUCAUCUACCAAACCAUCAUGCGGAAUCUCGUGAGGCGCUACGUGACGGUGGAGCAACGCAAAGCGGAAUCACAGGGUGUUACGGAAGAUGAUGUGAAUGAGAUUAAGCAGGACAUAUCGGCCUUUCGGUGUGAGCUGGUGGAAAUACUCAAGAAUAGCGGGAUGAAUACGAGUACGGCAUCUGGGCAGGGAUCAGGUGCGGGUGGGAAGAAGAAUCGGCAGAAGGAGAGACGCCUGAUGAAGGGAUUCAAUAUAGCACCACCACAGCAGAGUACCAUGCUUCCGCCUGUUGCGGAGUUCAUAUCAGCACUGCCACAUCAGCACUCAGAUCCGCCUAACUACGAAAUGUUCGGAUCACCCCUGUCGAAUAUCUUUGGGCCUGGGAUAACGCCCAAGAAGACCCAUCACAACCCCCUGCAGCAGUUCAGCUCAUCCCAGAGCUCCUUUGGGGACUCUCAGCCGAGUAGUAGCUCAAAGUUGGGUAAAUUGGCACCGAAAUUCCACACAAAACGCGCCGGUGGAUCUCACAAACGUAGAUGGGGUACCCUCAUUGAAGCCGCCAAAUCGGGAAGUGUUUCGCGCUUUAUUGGCCGAUCACGCAGUGAAGAUUCCGUGUGCAAUGCACCACCUGGGACGAGCAAUCGCAUGGAUUCGGGGAGUCACAGCAACAGCCCGGCAUCCGAUGAAGCUGUAACGGAGUCAGCAACGGACUCAAAUCCCAGCCUCGAUCGUCCCGAUGUUGAGACACCACGCGACAGUGCUAAGGAACCAACACAUAGUUUUCACUUUAGCGCCCUGGCGGCACUCAAGAGGCGUCGCAAGAAAUUCUCAAACAGCCGCAAUGCAAGUCCCAUCCUUGAGCCACCAAUUGAGCAUGAUGGUGUAUCCAAGAGUAGCAGCAAGAAGCUCCUGAAGCGAGCAUCAAGCGUCCCCACGAGAACUACCAUCAAUGAGAGCAUGGAAUCCCUGCCACCUAAUGGACAGGAUGCUCCUGUGUGUGGAGACGGGGUUAGUGCAACUCUAACAGCCUCCACGACGGAUGAGAGUGUUGCUGGGCAUUUAGUCAUCCCAAUUUGUCCCACGGAACCCCUUCUAGCUGGUCCCAUGAGUGGAGCAAUGAAAAUGGAUGCAAAUGGGCAUCAGCAGGGACAAAAUUUGCCCAAUAUUAUUCCACUUAGAGGGCAUCUUCAUCAACAAGGUUGGCUCUAACUACACUCUCGCCAAACUUUCUCACAAUUUCAUUUUAUGCUAUGGAUUCCCUAGAAAGGUACGCAAAAAAGGAUGUUUAAAAGGAAUGUGAUUGAUUGCAGGCAAACCAAAAGAAAAAUCUUAGAAUGUGUGAUUAAUUUAUUUAGAUUGCUAAAGAAGAAAAAUAUAUCAAAAGAAUAAUGUGAAUGAAUUAAAAGCUAUUUUAGAUGAAACUAUAAAGUAUUAAUUUUUAUGCCUUAAGUUUAUUUAUAUUUUUUAUUAUUCUUUAAUUUUAUUAUAUGAAUUUUUUUUAACGCAAAGAGCAAAAUAAUGCGAUAAGAGAGAAACAUAGUUUAACAUUAUUUAGUAUACCAAAAAAUCGGAUUUAAAAAAAUUUAGGAAAAAAAAACGAAUGACUCACAGUGAGAAGAAAGAAACUGUAGGUAUUUAAAUCGUGCAUAUUAUGUGGAAAAUUUCACACAAAAAAAAACAACUUCAUCGAUUAAAAUUAACAUAUUUAAAAUUUGUAUUAGCUAUGUAUUAAAGAAGAUAAAAAAAUUUAAUUUAAAACAAUAAAAUUGUACCACUUGAUUCGCAUUGAAAAUGUGAAAAUUGAUAAGAAAAAAAGAUAAUGUGAAAAAGAUCAUACUCAUUAGAUAAGAAAAGAACGUAAUUUUUGAAAGAAAAAAUACUAAAUAGCUAUGCAAAGCGAUACAUGUCAUUUGGUGAAAAAGAAUAAAAUAAAAUUUAUGCGUUAAUUUAUUCUAUUGAGCAUGUACUUUAAAGCAUAAACGAUUUUGUAGCUGAAGAAAUUUCCGGAAAAAUAUUUCAAUUUGAAAAAAAAAAAAUGAAAAUAUAGCAUAAUACAUAUAACUAUUGAAGUAGGGGCCACUAAACUCACACGAGCAACUAUAUAUAACCAGAAGGGAAGCGAUUGUUGAAACCACAACCAACCACAUUGAAAGCAAUAGAGAAAAUAGAGAAAAUAUAUAUUUUUCACGAUGGAAAUGGAGUUGUUAGAGACGAACAAAAAGCACUAAAUACAGGGCAAAAAAAAUAGAAAAGAGAAAAUCAAGUGAGUGAUUCACAUGCAAAAUUUAUCCAACUAAAAUCUCGAUUAAUUGCGAUUUCAAUAGGUAUUUAGAUGCAGAAAAUGCAAAAUAAAAAAUAACUUGAGUAUAAAUAAAACACCGCAAUCCACCCAUAUUGUAAGAAUAAAUACAAAAUGGUUUAUUUUGUUAGUGUUACCAAAUAGAUAAAAUAAAAUCAAAUUGUUUACUAUCACUGUAGUUUGCGAAAUGACGAAGACAGAGAAUUGCAUCAUCUUAACAUAGAAAAAAAAAAAUUAAGAAAGAAAAUAUAUAUAAUUUUAAGCAUAAGUUGAUGAAAUGAGAAAAGAUAUUUAAAGAAAAAAAAAGAAACCACAAUACAGAGGCCUUACAUAUAGUGUGAAACAAAAUAAUAAAAUUUUAAAUCACUUAUUAUAUUUGAUGAAAAGAAAAAGAUAAGCAAAUCGUAAAGAGAAACUAUAUUAUAUUAGAAGUAUUAAAUGUUUAGAUGAGAAAGAAAUAUUACAUCUGUUGAAGAGAAA